UGGUACCUUUAAUCAUUGGUAGUUCCUUUGUGUUUUCUAAAGUCUCUGCUAAAGAAACAAUGAAUGAGUUAAUGACAUACGCGAAAGCAGGACAAAUCGUUCAAGAAGUGUUUAGUUCACUGAGAACUGUUCUUUCACUCAAUGGUAGCAAAUUUGAGCAGAAACGAUAUAAAAGAGAAUUGGAUUCUACCCGUUGGAGUAGUAUACGACAAGGUGCAAUGUUUGGGGUUUUUACUGGAGUAUUAACACUAAUAACUUACCUAGUUUAUUCAGUUGGUUUUUUCUUUGGUUCUCUUUUCAUGUCAGACAGAGCUCAUCAUAGUUCGGAUAUUAGUGAUAUUCUUGUUGUCGUCUUCCUCUUUGCAGAUUGCUUGUGUUUCUUCAGUUUCAUUGGCCCUUUUUUUCAAUCAAUUUCAGAAGCUCAAGGUGCAGCAGCAGCGGUCUUUCGACUUAUUGAUGAGAGAAAUGAUCCAAGUAUCAAUGAAGCAGAUGUAUGGAAAGAUGAUACAGAAUCAAUUUAUAAUAUCAAUGGUGAUAUUCAAUUUGACAAUGUCGACUUUAUUUAUCCAUCUCGAAAAGAAGCACCAGUUCUGCAUAAUCUCUCUCUUAUUGCUCGUGCUGGUCAGACAACUGCUCUUGUAGGUUUAAGUGGCUGUGGAAAAAGUACAUGUAUGACAUUGUUUCUUCGUUAUUAUGAACCUUCAUCGGGUCAAAUAACGAUCGAUGGUCGACCAAUAACAGACUACAAUGUCAAACAACUUCGAGAAAACAUUGGAGUUGUUAGUCAAGAACCCAUUUUAUUUGAUAUGAAUAUUUAUGAAAAUAUUCGUUUUGGUAAACUAAAUGCAACACAAGAAGAAAUUGAACAAGCAGCACGAGAAGCUAAUGCACAUCAUUUCAUCAUGCAAUUACCAGAUAAAUAUAAAACACUCGUUGGUGAACGUGGUGUACAGUUGAGUGGUGGUGAAAAACAACGUAU